AUGGCAGCAGCAGCAGCAGGCCGCAUGGCAGCAAGAGCGAGCACGCUGCAGCUGGCGGUCUGCGGCCUGCACCUGCGUGGCCAGCCCCUCAAUUGGCAGCUCACCGACCUGCAGAGCAAGUUUGUGAGGGAAUGCAAGCUGAUCGCCUUCACCGAUGCGGCUGGCAAGACGAAGCCCGGCAUGGUGACUGUGACGGAUGGCAGCGGCGCGGCGGUGCACCUAGAGGUGUGGGAGAUGCCCAUUGAGAACUUCGGGCACUUUAUGCUGCAGGUGCCGCCGCCGCUGGGCAUCGGGACGGUCAAGCUGGGCGAUGGGGGCAGCGUGAAGGGCUUCAUUUGCGAAGGCUGGGUGGCAGAGUCCUGCAAGGCGGGCGCAUCAAACACAGAGGACAUCACUCACCUAGGCAGCUGGCUCAAGUACAUUGAGCGGCAGCAGCAGCCGUAA